ACGCAUCGUUGAAAUCUAUACAUAUUUUUUUUCACCAUUCGCAAAUCAUUGCUGAAUUGAUUGUAUAGGGUCACGGUUAUGCGCGCGUGUUUUUUUUUUGCUCGCUCAAUACAUUUUUCAUGUGUCAUGAUUUCAUAACAUGGUAAUUAUUCGCUAUUCACGAUUACAGCAAUUGAGGCCAUCGUGAUUAGUCGUUUGCGAAUCGCCGAACGUAUAUAUUAAUUCAUUAAUUAUAACUAAUUGAAAAGUCUGAGAAACUAAGCGCAGAUCCAUUGUGUUGCGGCCGACAAUUGCUGGAUGAGCGCAAGCGAUGCAUGGCAAGAUUAGAUUAAGACAAGUGUUUUCUAAAUUCUUAUUUUCGUGCCCGCAUCAUUUUUUUUGAGUGCUUUUAAUUUGUAGUGAUUAAUUUUAUGAAAAAGUAUUAAAUUAUUGAGAGAAGAGCAACGCACGGACGGAAGAUGGAAGAACCCGUCUACAAAAGUGAUUUAAGUUAUCCAAAGCCUGACCAGAGCAAAUGUUUAGUUUAUCGGAUAUUUGGGCAAGUGCCUGCCAGGUUAGUGCUGUACAUGCUAUCAUGGUCAGGAUUUCUAGUUUCAUUCAUGAUGCGUACUGACAUCAACAUGGCUAUCGUGGCCAUGGUUGAAGAACCAGAGGUCAAAUAUUUGAAUCAGACCGAUCAGUACUGCUAUGAUGUGCAAUUGCAACAGCAAAAUGAAGGUGUUACUAUUAAAAAUGACAUUCAUGGAACUCUGCAAUGGUCCAAAGAAGUGCAGAGCUAUGUUUUGGCAUCAUUUUAUUGGGCCUACAUAGUCUCUCAAGUUGUUGGUGGUCUAGCCACACAGAAAUUGGGUACAAAACGUGUAUUCGGCUAUGCCCAAUUAGCCACAGCCAUGUGUAGCCUAUGUAUACCAUGGGCUAGUGAAGUGCACUACAGUAUUGUAAUUAUACUGCGCAGUGUUCAAGGCUUUGCAUCAGGUUUGACAUGGCCUGCUAUGUACGCAUUGGUUGGACAUUGGAUUCCAGUACCUGAAAGAAGUAGAUUUAUGUCGAGUUUCCAAGGGUUUAGCAUUGGAAUCGGUUUGACUUAUCCGCUGUGCGGAUUUCUAAUUGCCAAUUUUGGUUGGAGAUCUGUUUUCUAUACGACUGGAUCAAUCGGAGUUGUUUGGUGCGUGAUUUGGUAUUUAUUGGCGUUCGAUAGUCCGGAAACGCAUCCGAGGAUUUCGCUGAGCGAACAGAAAUACAUCAAAGAAAAUACGGUGAACACGUAUGAGUCUUCGAGAAAGCAAAAGGUACCGUGGACGAGCAUUCUAACGUCGAAGCCCGCCUGGGCCAUAGGAAUCACGACGUUCGGAAGGAUCUGGGUGCAUUACACCUUCAUUAUACCUGGACCGCAGUAUAUGAAAACGAUUCUCGGAUUCAGCAUCGAGAAAAAUGGAUUGCUGUCUGGUGCUCCUUUCAUAUGCAGUUAUUUGGCCUCGGUUCUGUUCUGCUACAUCGCAGAUAAAUUGGUGACCAAAAACUGGAUGUCCCUCAUCAAUGUGAGGAAACUGUUUACGGCUUUGUCCCAGGUGCUGCCGGGUGUCUUAGUACUUAGCAUUAGUUACUUGGGCUGUGAUAUUAAUGUCAUUCUCGUCGUUUGGUUCAUUGCUGUAACCAUGAUAACGGCAGCUUAUGCUGGAGCGAUGGCCAACGUCGUCGACAUCGCCCCGAACUUCGCUGGACCAGUCCUGGCCUUUGCCCAAACCAUUCACAUGUCGGCCAGUUUCUUAAGUCCGUUAGCUGCAGGAUACAUGACCAAAGGCGGACACACUCUAACCGCAUGGAGGAACGUCUUCAAUGUGACUUCUUUUGUUGCAAUUUCCACCUACAUAGUCUAUCAAAUCUUCGGCACGGAUAAGAUUCAAUCGUGGAACGAAUGCGAGCCUCCCAGUAGCACAACCGAACAGGAGGCUAUGCUAAAACAAAAUGAUACUCAGGUUCCAGUUGUAGUUACAACACCGACAAACUCGGUUGCCACUUAGCAAUUUGUUACUUAAUUUUUAUUACAUUUCAAAAAUAUUUUUCUCUUGUUUCGUUCCGACAAUAUUAUGUGUACAAUCUUGUAGUAUUUAAAUGAUAAAUAACAAUUCAGGGCGCAAAGUUAUUAUGCAUUUAUGUCUUAACAGCCAUAGCAUAAAUGUGAUAUUAGGAUAAUUCCACGUUUAACACAAUUCUUGUUCUCAAUGAGUACAUUCCAAAAAAAACAAAUCUAUUGUUUAUAAUAUAUAUAUAUUGGGUAUAUAUUUUUUAUAUUUAGUUUUAUAUUUACACGGAGACUUAAUAAUGAAAGUACUUGAUUUAUUUCACCGGCAACAUGUAUUUAGAUUUUAUUAUGAUGAUGUAAUAAUGUUUAUAUAAGAACGUUGUGAUUAUAUGAGAAUUUAUGUCAAAUCAAUAUUACAAUAAAAUUCGAACAGUAUUUAAAGUUACCAA